ACCGCUCGUACUCAAUUGUAAACUUAGUAGAAUUCAAAGUAAUAAAACGCGGUUACCAGUCGGGCCUUGACUUCCCUCCGAUCGAUACACGUUCCUCGAUCGUUUCAAAUUUUCUAAGCGCGCCAGUAAAGUGGACAUAUUAUUUUUCAUUUCUCUCUCAAAUCGGAAAAUUCGGUCUACAGAUUUUCGUCCUGCGAUGACUCGGUUCUGUUUCUCAGAAAAUUCUUCUCGUUACCCUCGAGUGUUCUUUCGACUAUAAAGUAAAGUUUCUCCGAAUAAUUUUAUCGACGAAUCAUUUUUUCGAACGAUAUGUCCGUCUUCGGUGUUAGAGCGUUCUUAUCGGCGCUUUUUCUAAUUUUCAACGUUCCGCAUAUCCGCGUCGAUUCGUUCGCCGAUUUUUAUCAGCCGGUUCGACUGGUUCCUCCGAGCACCGCGACCGCCGCCUUGACCGAAAAUCGCACCGCCUCGUCCGUCGCCGAGGACUUUCUGAAUUUUGGCGUAAAAAAGCAGCAGAUCGCGCCUCAACCGAGUUACACGAAUAUACUGAAAAGCAAGGUCGACAUUCUCUCGAAACUGCUGAAGAUCCACGUCGAUCAUCUUCGCGAUCAGACGGACCAGGUGGAGCUCGUCUUUCUCGUGGACGCCUCGGCGUCCGUCGGGUUGGAAAAUUUCCGGAGCGAAUUGAACUUCGUCCGCAAAUUGCUGUCGGAUUUCACCGUGGCUCCCGCGGCGACGCGGGUGGCCGUGGUCACCUUUUCCGGAAAAACCAGCAUCAUCAGACACGUGGACCAAAUAUCGAACGCCGAGGAAAACAACCACAAGUGCCGACUGCUCAAUCGGCAAUUGACGAACGUCACCUACAGCGGGGGAGGGACGUACACCCGAGGCGCUCUCCUCGAAGCACUCGAUAUUCUGGAGAGGAGUCGUUCGGGGGCUAAAAAGGCCGUUUUUCUCGUCACGGACGGAUUCAGCAACGGCGGGGAUCCCAGACCUAUAGCGACUCUGUUGAAAAAAGCAGGCGCGAUAAUAUUCACCUUCGGUAUACGGACGGGUAACAUCGAAGAACUUCACGACAUAGCGAGCGAGCCGGGAUACACGUACAGCUAUCUUUUGGACAGUUUUCCCGAAUUCGAAGCUCUGGCGCGAAGAGCUUUGCACCACGAUUUAAAAUCCGGGGACUACGUGACCGUGAGUUCAGCUGAGGACUGCGAUUUUCUUUGCACCGGAAACGCGACGAAGUACAACGAAACUCGGUGCUGCGACUCGAAAGCCUCUUGCGCCUGUGGUAUAGUAACCGGUCAUUACACCUGCUUGUGCGAGCCAGGAUAUUUUGGAACUGGACUAUCGGGCUACUGUCAAGCCUGUCCCAACGGAACUUUCGGGCGUGGUAAUAUCCCUGGAGAUUCGAACGCCGCUUGCACGACUUGCCCGGAUCCGAAUCACGUGACGUUGAAAAUUCCGGCAACCGGUGCGGACGACUGCGUAUGCGCCACGGGAUUUACCACCAGGGGCAACAAAUGCGAUGCGAUCAUAUGUCCGAAAUUGACGGUACCGGAAAACGGAUAUCUCGUAAAAGCGAACGCCUGCAACAACGUGGUCAACGCGGCCUGCGGUGUCCGUUGCAAAAUUGGUUUUCACCUGACCGGCGACAGCAUCAGACUCUGCCUCACGACCGGCCUAUGGUCCGGCACCGAACCGGAGUGUCUCCUAAAAACCUGCCCGUCUCUGCAAGUACCACCUCACGGACGCAUACGAUGCAAACACGAAGACGACCGUCAAGUGAUAAGCGUAGGACUGUCCGCUUAUCCGAUCGACACCCAUUGCGAUUUUAAAUGCGACGUCGGUUAUUAUUUGAGGGGAAGUCGAACCAGGAAUUGCUUACCUUUGUCCAGGUGGGACGGACUCCAGACUUCCUGCAGGGCGAUCAGUUGUCAGCCGUUGAGGUCCGUACCGAACGGGUCGAUAACUCCUGAACGUUGCACCGGAAUCGAGAAACUUUAUUUCGGUACGAACUGCACCGUACGAUGCAAAGAAGGUUUCACCCUCAAAGGACCGGAAAGCAGGGUGUGCGCCGGACGUACCGGCUCUUGGUCGAAUCGUCACAACGUCACGCAGUGCGUCGACACGACGCCUCCGACUAUCGUUUGCCCGUCCGACGUCACGGCGGAUACGUUGCCGGGGAAAAAUUACUCCUCGGUGAAUAAUUGGACGGAUCCCGUUGCCGAGGACAACGCCGAGCCGGCGCCCACGAUCUGGAGCGAACGAUUCGUCGAGUUCCCAUGGCAGGCCGGUAUCGGGGUACACGUGAUCGUUUACCGGGCCCAAGAUGCGAGCAAGAAUCAGGCGGAAUGCAAUUUCAGCGUUACGGUUAUCGACAGGGAACCGCCGACGGUCGAGAAUUGCGCGGAUCCUCCGGUUUUCUUGUCGGAAAACGACUUUGGGGCAACCAACGUCACGUGGGAAGAGCCGGUCUUCUACGACAAUUCCGGUCUACCGGUAAACGUCAGCGCGAGUCACGUUCCAGGGCGAGAAACUUUCAAGCUUGGGACGACAGAAGUCGUUUAUAAGGCUACCGAUGUGUUCAACAACACCAGGAGCUGCGUGCUGAAUAUCACCGUCGAAGAUGCGUGUAAAAAUCUGCCCUCAUCUAUAAACGGCCGCAGCGAUUGCGCUUCUCUGGGCGAAGGUGUUCAAUGCGUGGUAACUUGCGAAGAGGGUUACGCUCUGGUGCUUCAGCAGGAAGUUUCUUAUCCCGACAGCGAGAAUGUCACGUUAACUUGCAGCAGGGAAAACAAUCAAUCGUGGGAUAUAGAAGCUGCUCCGGACUGUUCACUGAUUCAGGUACCAUACGCCGUGGAACAGGAUCUGACGGUCGUCCUCGUCGACGGAAACUCUUCGCACUGCGAGGAUCCAACGAGUCUGGAAAAUCUCGGCGAUGGGAUAAAAACCGGCUUGGAGUCCCAAGUCUCGGAGUUGUGCGGCAACGGAAUCGAUUGCAACGUGACACGAUCCGAACUCGUUUGCGGGGAUGAAAUGGACGGAAAAUCGAACCUGGCGAAUUCGGAGGUAGAAACGUCGAAGAGCAAAUCGAAGAGGAGUACAUCGCGUCGUCCAGAAAGCGACGAAUCCGGGCACAGGAAAAGCCGGAACUCUCCGAAGUCCGGUAAAAAAAAUGGCCAGAAACGGGAUAAAAUCGAAAUGAAAUUCAAAAUCAUCGGAAGGAUACUGGAGAUCAAUAGCAAUAGUUCGAAAAAGGGGAUGGCGAGGUUGAGAGAAAAGUUGGAAACGCUGUCCAAAAAUGGCCAGUUAAAUUUCCUCGAUAACAAAACUAAUCAGGAAAUCGGAAGACUCGCGGUACACCUGGAUCUGAUAUUCGACGAACCUGGAGAACUGUGUCACGUUGGCAGCGUUCUGAAGAAACACAACUGCGUCAAAUGUCCCUUGGGCACGUUCCACAACACGACUAGAAACCAGUGCCAAUCAUGUCCGUUCGGAGAAUACCAGGACGAAGCUGGUUCCAAAGAUUGCAAAAAAUGCCCCGGAGAAAGUUCCACCCGAAAAAUGCAUUCCAGAAAUCAGACGGACUGCAUCGGGAUCUGUCGUCCCGGAUUUUACUCGCGUCGCAAACGACAUCACAAGUCCACGCUGGCCUUGGAACCCUGCGUCACUUGCCAAAUAGGUUUCUACCAACCGGCCUACGCCCAAUCCGGAUGUAUAGCGUGUCCGAAGAAUACCACUACCUUGAUUCGCGGCGCCAAGGAGAUCGAACAAUGCGUUCGACUGGACGACAUCGACGAAGAUCCUUGCGAGGACGAGCCGUGCAAAAACGGAGGAAUCUGCGCGAGGAUCGACAAUAAUUUCAGCUGCAAAUGCGUCGGAGAUUUCAUAGGAUCCGCGUGCGAAAUUUUGCCGAACCCUUGCGACUCCUCGCCCUGCUUGAACGAAGGACAAUGCGUCCUUUCGAAGACCUCCGACGACGGACUCGAACGGAAAUGCUCCUGUAAAAACGGCUUCACGGGAGCUAACUGCGAGACGUACGUCGACGAAUGUUCGGCCAAUCCGUGUCGGAACAACGGUACCUGUACGAGUAACGAAGAUGAUUACAAAUGCGCUUGCGAAGACGGAUUCGAAGGGGAUUUCUGCGAGGUGGCCGUCGAUCAUUGCGUAUCGUCGCCAUGCGAGGCGGGAUCGACCUGCAGCAACUUGAACGGCACGUGGAAAUGCUCGUGCAAAGCCGGAUUCUUGGGACGAAGGUGCGGCCGAUUGCCAUGCGACUGGCUACCCUGUCACGCGAACGCUAUCUGCGUAAACGUCGAGGAAAUAAACGCGACGAAAAAAAGCUACAGGUGCGAGUGUCCCGAGGGUUUCGGGGGCGAAAAUUGCACCGAAGAGAUCGACCACUGCGAACGUUCGCCCUGCGCGAACGACGGCCGAUGCCUGAACACCCCUUCGAAUUUCACCUGCAUUUGCCGGAAAGGUUUCAACGGUUCGAAUUGCGAAAAUGAAUUACCCUCGGAUUACACCAUGAGUUUUCCGAAAUCCGGGACGACCGAUUACGUCAUGAUAAACGGACCGGGGAAAAAUUUGUCUCAGUUCACCAUUUGCCUGUGGCUUCAAUCGGUGGACACUUUUAAUUACGGUACCGUUCUAUCCUACGCCACGGAUCUCCACGACAACGCUUUGACCCUGACUGACUACAACGGCUUCGUUAUUUACGUCAACGGACACCGGGUGGUAACCGACAUCACGGCGAACGACGGUUUUUGGCAUUUCUUGUGCGUCACUUGGGAAAACGCUUUUGGAUCGUGGAAGGUAUUCGUCGACGGCGUGCCCAGAGACAACGGUACCUCGUUGGCGACCGGAGCGGAAAUAGAAGGUAACGGGACCCUGGUUAUCGGUCAAGAACAGGAUCGCGUUGGCGGUGGUUUUUCCGAAUCGGAAUCUCUUCUGGGAAAGCUCAGCCUGUUGGACAUUUGGGAGGAAGUAUUGGACGACGAAGUUGUAAAGAAAUUGAGCGAACGGUGCGAAACUUAUCACGGUUCGUUGUACAGUUGGGCCCAGUUGCAAGAAUAUAUUCGCGGUAAUAUCGAGAUUCAAAAAAGCAGCUUCUGCCGAUCGUGUCCUUCGCCGGCGGUGCCGUUCAGAGGCAACGUAACGGCGAACGAAAACGCCACGGAAAUAAUUUACACCUGCGAAACGGGGUAUCUGGUGAAAUUUGGCAAAAGCGAAAACGUUUCGUUGAAAAGAAGGUGUCUGAAACAAGGACAGUGGGAGGGCUACUUCGAGCCAACCUGCACGAGAGUCAAGUGCGGAUUUCCCGGAUAUUUUUCGAGGGGACGGGUACACGGAAAAUCCUACAGCUACGGCGACAAGGUUCGUUACACCUGUACCGCCGGUGCCGAAUUGCGAGGUAAUCCGCAGCGGACUUGCACGGCCGACGGAACCUGGAGCGGAAUACAACCAGUGUGCAUCGGUAAAAGUUGCAAGAAUUUGCUCGCCCCGGAGAACGGCGACAUCGAAUAUUUCGUCGAGGAGAACGAACGCGACGAUUUGUCGAUUUUGCAGGUGGGACAACGGCUGGAGUUCAAGUGUAACCCGGGUUAUCGCGUUCUCGGCGAAGCUUCGCUGACCUGUUUGGAUAACGGCGAAUGGGACAACGCGGCGCCGACGUGCGUCGCUUUCGGCUGUCCUCCUCCGGAACCCAUCAAAAACGGUUACAUCGCGUCGAACGUUUCCACCGGCGUCGCGAGUCUUUUGCAAACAUUCGCCGACUCUAUUAGGUCGAGCGGCUCGUCGUUCGACGGCGAGGAUUCGUCGGAAUCCGGAUAUCUUUACGGCGACAUAGUCGGUUUCUCGUGUAUCCAGGGUUACAAAUUUCAAGGGAAUCGAAAUAUGAUAGCUGAGUUCAGAGUCCAAUGCACGAACAACGGUUCCUGGAACGGGGUGAUACCGAAUUGCGUUCCCCUCCAUUGUCCGAGGCCGGAUCCCGUCAGAAAUGGAAAACUCUAUCUCCUGAGCGGCGACAACGUCAUGACGGAAAUCCCGAGGAGCGAAAAACUGAACAAUCUGACGUUCGUAAACAAAUUGGUGCCCAUAAGUAACGAACCUCUGCCCAAUUUCGACGGACCCUUCGACAUACCGAUCUCAACCGACGAAUUGAACGCGUCGGAAUUCUCUGAAGAUCCGAUAAUAAAAAGGAGCGCCGCGCACCAAGAAUUUCAGGCCGAAUUCGGCGCCUCUUUCGUCCUCGGAGCUCAGAUUUCGGUAGUUUGUAACAAGGGGUACGAGGUGUCGGGCUCAGCCGUGAGAAACUGCACCAGUAACGAAACUUGGUCUUCCCGCGUCGGACCGAUUUGCGAGCCCGUGGAGUGUGACCAGGAACAUCAUCCGCUGAUGAAAAUAUUGAGCGACAACAAAGACGGUAUAAAAUACGACGACGAGACGUUGGACGCGCUGGCGAGCGAAGAGUUGAUAAAAAUAUUUCGAGAGAACGAUUACCUGCGCGGUAUAUUGCACCGAUUCGCGUUCGUUAACAACGGUAGCGUUUUCGGCGACACGAUCACGCUGACCUGUUUGAACGACACGAUGAUCGAUUUCAAGGAUAUCGGCGUCGCGAAGGUAUCGAAAAACGUCACGUGGACGUGCGACGAGAACGGAAAAUGGACUCUGACCGACGCGGAUAUAAGCGGAGAUGACUUACAGCGAUUAUUCGACGUGAAGAAGGAAGCUUUUUGCCAAGAAACCGUCUGCGACUCACCCAAGGUACCUACGAACGGAUACAUCGUCAACGGUGGUUCCAAAAUCGCUCCAAAAAAGGUGGGCGAUCGAAUCACCUUCAAAUGUCGUCACGGCUACUUCGUCAAAGGUAACGAGGGAAUCGAGUGCCUAGCCAACGGCACCUGGUCAGCGCCUCCGACCUGCGAAUCGGUAGCCUGUGCGAAGCCGCCACCGACUCCGGCCAACGCAGCUCUGGAGGGUGGCGGCGAGGGUGGCAGCGGUUACGUGUUCGGGAAUAUGGUGACCUACCGGUGUCUCUUGGGUUACAAAAUGUACGGACUCGGCAGCGCGAGAUGUUUGGCCAACGGGAAAUGGUCGAGAAUGAGCGGGAGGUGCUCCAAAUUAACUUGCGGCAGACCCAAGGCUCCUGCAGGAGUGAAGACUCUGGGCCCUUCGUAUCUCUAUCAGGCUCAUCUCGCCUACAUAUGUCCCGACAAAAUCCAACGCGGGACGAUAACGUGCAAAAGCGAUGGAAAAUGGAGCGAAUUUCCCGAUUGUUCGGUACAUUCUAAAAAAUAGGCGCAUUACACAUCUUUUUUUGUUCAAUAAUGUUACAAACCUUUUUCUUUUUUUUUUUUAUGUAUGAACAAUAAGAAAGAUUUUCAAAAAGACUGAUCUCAUUUCAAUCAUUUCAUCCCGAAGU